UCGGAGGUAUACGGCGUCUUCUUCCAUCAAGGCAAUGUCCGCAGAUGUAUUCUUAGCAGGCUAUGCAUUGUACACAGCCUCACCUUUCUACAGCUCGAGAGAGCCUCGGGAUACUCAGAGACUCAUACUAUGAUGCAGGAAUCUCUCCCUGAGGUAGCUCUAGCAGAGAAGUUGGGUUCAGUGCAGGCAUUCAAGGGAUCAUGUUCGUACCUCGUCACUCUUUAUGAUCUUUCCGUGUCUCGCUGUGAUACUUUGGUGAUGGGAGAUCAGGAUGACAUUGAUUGCUACAAUGAAUUGCAAAAGUGGUGUCUUGACGUUAUCCAAUGCUUAGAGCAAUUGUCUACGCUUGAUACAAUAAGCCUUCUUACACAAUGGCAGGUCAUUCGAGCAGCUUUAGAAGAGUUGUAUGAUACCUGUCCGAUCCUAGCUUGCCCUACGAAAUUUCACAGCGAGCAUGUUCAUUCCAGCCUGAGCUCCCCGUUCCAACCUGGAGUCGAAGAGACUCUAGAUGUUAUCCAGAUUGCUCUUUCCUCUCGAGAUAGCGUUCAUGCUCUGCUACGUUUAGAUAGGUCUGAUACAAGAGCAGUCGUCAACCUUCUCGAUCAGGUCAGCACUAUCAUGCUUACCACUGAUCACAUAACGUUCUAGUCAUGUACUCUGCUGUAGGCUCUAGAGUUCCUUGAAUGGCCCAGUCGCCUGCAUAGUACUGCUUCAAAUCUGUUGCGCAAGCUCUGCAUUCAAAGCGGAUCGCUUCCGGACUCGCUGGAGAUCUCUGAAGAGAACAUCACAAGACAUCAUGACCAUGCUAUCGAUGGAGGUGGAUUUGCAGAUAUCUGGCUAGGCACGUAUGGUCGCAUCACAGUGGCACUCAAAGUGUUCCGUGUCUUCAGC